AUGAAGUUCCGCAAGCUCUCAGCAGCUUUCCUUAUCUCGCUGCUCCAUGCACCUCAACUGGUAGCCGCGGCUCUUAACGCAACCGAGACCGAUACCCAGCUCGUCAUUUCCAAUGACCGUCUCUACGCCGCUGUCCAAAAGAAAGGUGGUGCUAUCGUAAAGCUCACACUCGACGGAACAAAUCUCCUCGGCAGCCCAUCUGGCUCUACCGGAAUCGGACCCUACCUUGAUUGCUACUGCACACCAAAGGGUUUCUGGACUCCCGGUUCUGUAAAGCCCAGUUACAAGCUCUUCAAAGGCAAAGAUGCCAAGGGCAAGGACUAUGGCGGCAUUGUCAUGUCAGACACAUACACCGAGACAGGCCAGGUUUUGGAGCAGUAUUGGUUCUUGAGAGAUGGAGAGACUGGUCUGCAUACAUUUAGUCGAGUUGCGUACCAUAACGAGGAGCAGCCAUUCCUUCGAAACCUCCAGGAACUUCGAACGCUUUUCCGACCGAAUAAUGAUAUGUGGACUCAUCUCUUGACCAACAAGAAGCAGUAUGCACCUCUUCCUGGUAAAGAGGCCAAGGAGAAGCAGGUUGUGGUUCAGGAUGCGACUUGGUAUAUGGGAAAUACACCAGAUGAUCCCUAUGUCAAGCAGGAGGCCGAUUACUUUACGAAGUAUACGUUCCAGGAUAAUUGGCGUGAUCUCGAUGCAUAUGGGCUGUUCGCGGAUGGCUCCAAGACUGAAGACGGAGAUGCCUACGGUGCCUGGCUUGUUAUGAACACCAAGGACACUUACUUUGGAGGUCCUCUACACUCUGAUUUGGUUGUCGAUGGUAUUCUGUACAACUACAUCAGCUCCAACCACCAUGGAGACCAAACACCUAACAUCACUAACGGAUUUGACCGCACCUUUGGCCCUCAAUACUUCCACUUCAACAAAUUCCCUAAAGAGACCGAUAUCCUCGAAGCUCAAGCCGACGCUGCUCAAUAUGCUGACCCCGAAUGGAACGCCGACUUUUACGAUUCCAUCGCUAAGCACGUCCCUAACUACGUUCCUACCAAGGGCCGUGGAAAGUUUGAGGUCAAGGUUGAUCUUCCCAAGGGAUCCAAGAAUGCCAUUGCCGUUCUCGCACAGAGCGGCGUUGAUUUCCAGGAUAACGUUUUCGAUACCAAAGCCUACCAGUAUUGGGCUAAUCUCGAUGAGAGUGGUCGAGCAACGAUUCCUCGAGUCAAGGCUGGAACAUACCGUCUUACUGUUUACGCUGAUAACAUCUUUGGACAAUAUACUCAGGAUAAGAUCAAGGUCAAGGCUGGCAAGACUGAGAAGAAGAACAUCCGCUGGAAGGAAGAGUCAGCUGGUAAGGAAGUUUGGAGAAUUGGUACUCCUGACAAGACCUCCGGUGAAUACCGUCAUGGUUUCGAACUCGAUACAUCUAAGCCGCUGCAGCCGGAACAAUACCGCAUCUACUGGGCCAAUUGGGACUUUGUCAAGGACUUCCCUGACGGCGUUAACUUCAAGGUUGGUGAGAGCGAUGUUGGCAAGGAUAUCAACUACGUCCACUGGAGUGUCUUUGGAGGAAGGGGUAACUAUCCUCGUCCUGAGGAGUAUGUUGGCAAUGGCGAUGUCAACAACUGGACUAUUACUUUCGAUCUGAAGGAGUCGCAGUUCAAGCACAAGAAGCAUGCUACAUUCACGGUACAGCUUGCUGGUGCGAAGACUGCCGCUGGAAACACCGACGUUUAUAAUGCUUCUGAGCCUCACUCGAAUCUCAAGUAUACUGUCAACAUCAAUGGCAAGGAUCUUGAGCCAUGGGUCAUUCCAUACUACCAGAGCAGCUCUUGUGCUGUGCGCUCUUCUGUGAGCUGCUACAACAUUGCUCACAAGUUUGAGUUUGAUGCCAAAUUGUUGAAGAAGGGCGAGAAUGAGAUUAUUCUGAGUUUGCCCUUCAAUGGAACCAACUACGAGCCUGCUAUACUGCCCAACUCUGUGUAUGUGCAGUACGAUGCGCUCAGGCUAGAGAUUGAUUAG